ACGUCACCACUGUGGGGUGAGUGUCACGUGUGUUGUGCAUGUAUGUUGGUGACCAGCAGGUGUGGGCAGCUGUGUCAGGUGUGGGCACAGCUGACCCAGCUGCCCCCACACAGUGUCAGGGCUCCGGGCGCCAGUUACUGUAUUGGUAAAAAUUUAAUGCAAGUACUGACUGUAGUUUUGGCUCUGGCAAUGGCUACCACAAGUACAAAAGGAGAAAUGGUAGAUGUUUCAGACUUCUUCCCAGAUGUUAGUGAAGACCUCAGCAAGGUCACAUGGGGUCAUGCAAUUAAUAGCAAAGAUGAUUUGGAAAAAAACAUUACAGAUCCAUCCAUCAUGAUGCUGGAGGCAGAUGUGUCGGCUGGUCGCCUAGCUGAUCAGGGGCCUGAUGACCCACUAAUUCCUAUUAUGGCACACCCUCCUCACAACGAGUCUGAUCUCUCACUAGAGAUGUGGCUUAAUGAAGUAAUUGAGGCAAAUAAGGAAGGGAAGAAGAAAGGAGCCAAGUUAGACUUCAAAGAUCUAAGUAUUGUGCAGCAAAGCCUUGAGCUGCUCAAGAGUCACAUAAAACAGAUAAAUUUUCCAUUGUGGUUAAAUGCAGACAUAUUGAAGGGGCCAGUGGAGAGCAGCACAGUACCAGUUGAUGCUGACAAGUUCCUUAGCUUAUGUGCAGAGUACUUUCCUCAGGCAACACUUUCAGUUGGAUGGACUACAAAGUUCACCUCGGCGGAUGAUGAAGCAGGGGCAUACACAAAGCAAAUGGUUCAGGAGAUGUCAGAUACCCUUGAGAAGAAUAACAUCACUCAGCCCAUCACAUUUCCAAUUCGAGCUGCUUUUAUUGGGCGGUCAUUGGUGUCACUUGAGUGGUUGGUGGACACUAUUCCUGACAGCACCAUAACAGUGUGGAGUUCCCCUUCAGAUGACAUUGAUGUUCAAGCUCUUGUUGCCCUUAGGGAUAAUAUUGGCCAUGAUUCAGUUUACUUUGACCUACCAGAAGAUCAGCAGAAAGCCUUUGAUGAAGCUAAACAGAAAGAGAGCAAUACUGCUGCAGUAAAGUUCCAGUUCUUGCCUCAGAAUGCCUCUGCCUGGGCCACUGUUGGAGUUGCCCUGGCUUCAGCUCUUGCUGCUCUGUAUUUGUAUGAAUAAAGUAAUGUGGUUUUGUUGGCUGCUCCAUUGUAUUGUUGGACAAUGAUGAGUAUUGCCAUGAAUGUUGCAGGUAUUACUGUGCCUUACUUUUGUGAAAAUUUAUAAUGGUAGCUUGCAUGAAAGAUAUAUAUACAGUGCAACCUUGAUUUGGCGAAUCUAAUUUUGGCAAGUCUCCAGUUGAACUUUCUAUGUUGGAUUUACUCACCAGCUCCACCAAGUAAGUGUUUGGAGAUUUGGCAAAGCAGGAGCUGUGUGGAUUUGCUGAGGAAUCAUUGACCCAUAUUGUGUGGAAACAUUCACUACACUAUGGGCCCUUCUUCCUUUGAAAAUGAAGUUCAUAGUCUGGGACAUGGAAAAUAUGUUAGCUGUGGUGAAAUCUCUUGACAGACAGGUUCUCCUGGUGUCAAGAGAAGAGCCUGUCUGUCAAAGUUGAACCAAUCAUUUCCAUUAUAUGAUAGGUUGAAUUCAAAAUUUGCUCAGUUAAAUUGGCCAAUAGAACGUGGAAAAUAUUAGGGUAUGAGUAAUAACACUUAACAUGACUAAUCAUGUUAAAAAAAAAAAAAAAAAAAAAAAAAAGUUGGGGCCUCGGGAAAGCCAUUGAGCAUAGUUAAAAUAAAAUUCUAUCAUUUGUAUUCAUUCCAAGUUGUUGCAUUUCAUUCACUAAAAAUAUGAGCCCAUCUUUUUCUGAAAAUAAAGCUUUGAGGCUGUGGCAUGGGAAAUGAGCUAGACGUGGUGAAAUCUCAUUAGAGACAGGUUCUCCCAAUGGUUUUUCCAUCGUAUGAUUGGUUGAAGAUAUAACUUCACUUGGUGAACUUAGCCCAUAGAGUAUGGGAAAUAUUUGGAUAUAAAUGGUAACACUCUUAAUAUGACUCGAAUCACAUUUUUAAUUAUUUUUAUAAAAGUAAACAUUACAAAAAAUAUACAGGUGACUUGAUAUAUUUUUCCUGGCUUUAAAACCAAAAAUACAUCUCACUAAUACCUCCUAAGGGCAUCUCCAGUUGCAACGAAUCCCUCAUCCCAACAAAUUUGGGAUAGUUCCAUAUAGUGCACUAAACUGAGCUUGCACUCUUCUACUUAUAUAAUUUCUAAAUUUUUUUAGUCAUAUUGAGAGACUUAUAAUUACAAUACAAUGUUAUGUUAUCUUUUGACACAUCCAAUUAAAUUAUAUAGUUUGUGAUAUAACCAGUUACUGCAAUGUUUAUAUUCCAGCAUUUCAGAUUAAUAUUUAAGGUUCUGCCUGUUUUUAGUAAUGUACUGUAUUUUCACAGCUGACAAUCUUUGAAAAUCAAAGGAUGUAUUCCAGCAAAUCCUGUGGCACACACACGAUUUAAAAAUUACAAACUUAAAGCUAUGUUAGAAAAUUUGGGAUGCGUCAGAGAUAUUUUUAAGUUCACUUUCUCCACUCCUCUUUCAAGUACAAGCACAUGGAUAGAAGUGGCUGACUGUACAGUACAUCCAUCACAUUCUGUAUAUUGAAAAUAUAUUUGCAUUUUGUUAAAUGAAUACAAAUCAGGAAUAAGGGUCAGAUUUAAGGAAAGAAAUAUUUAAAGGGCAACAGUUUUGUAGAAGCAGUAUAGUGUGUUAGUGAUGACUAGAGAGCAGUACUGUGAUGUGUAUACAGUAGCUCUGAGCAGUUUUACAGCUUGGCUGUAUCAGCCUUCAUUACCACACACUAUCAUUGAUCUAGUUAUCUGUACUACAUCAAUGAAAACCAUUUGUUUGUAAAUUUGCUAACAUAAAUUAUUAGGUUAUACAUACAGGUAUGUUAUACUGUAUUUAUCAUGAUGAUUUGUCACAGAAAAAUGCCGUGUACACAUUUAGUGAAGCGGCGUUGAUGGUACAUACACACUUGUGUAAUGAAAGAUUAGUUUGAAACAUAAUAUUGAAAAAUUAAUAUAAAAAUAACAUUGCAUUGUUUCUCAAAAAAAAUAGUAAUGGCUUCAUAAUGGGUGUGUGGAUAAGUGUAGCAGUGUGUGGUGCAGGUAACAUGUACAUUGCCUCUAUACAAAUCUACACUGCUUUAUGCUUUUCAUGGCUUCAACAUUAGUUAUUAGUCUGCAGUCCUCAAUUCUCUUAUGAAAGUUAAGUAAAUAAUAAAUAACAUUAUUUGCAGAUACAACUAUCAACAUGGCCAAAUCCAGCUAAAAUUAUUGUGAAUGUUUUGUGUAGGGUAGAUAUAAAAUGUUUGCAAAUGCACUACUAUCCCCUACAUGCACACUUUCACACAUUUCCUGCACAAUAUACUAAAAGCUAAUCAUGAAGUUUGCUUUCCUCACUAACUGUUUUAUUCAUUGUAUAAAUUACAUGGAGAAAUAGCAUAAGGCAGUGACAGGAUUACUGACCUGAAUUAUAAUUAUACUGGACUACUGGUUAAUGACAAUUUAGUGCAAUAGAAACUAUGUAUUUUUAAAAUGUUUGAUAUAUAAAAACAUAUAUUAAUAAAUGACUCUUAAUUCAGUACCCAUACUAUAUCAACAUGGAAUAUGGUUCACCUUAUAGUUUCUGUAAUCUGGGACAGGAAGCCUUGUUAGGCUUAUAGAGGUCCCUCUAGGCCAACUACUGACCUUCCCCAAGAUGCAUCCCACAACAGUUGGCUGUUUACUGCUAGGUGAACAGUGGCAUCAGGCGAGGGAAAAUCGAACACUAGAUCCUGGGUUGAGUCAAGACCAUACACCACUACGCUGAAGGACUUGUGAAAAUGUCUUCCAAACCAGUGUUUUACACACUUCAUGACAAUGAAUACCAUUAAGCCCAGUGCAGAUGAUUUUUGUUGACAUGCUUUACCCUCCACGACCCUCAGUAAGUACUGACUUUAUGGUAAUUGUAGGCUGCAUUCCAGGCAUACUUCAUGUGAUGGGUUUUAAAAUUGAUAAUGGUUUCAAGCAUCAACUUAUUUAUGUUUGACCAUGUGGGCUACCCUAAUAGUCCAGGACCUAGAUUCACAAAGCUCCAUGUAUUUCUUCGUAAGUAGAUUUGCUACGAAGGUUCCUAAGUAUGCGCUAAGAUGAUGCUUACGUGCGAUUCAGGAAGGUAUUCUUACGAAGAUAUUUGGGUUUUGGAUCUGGUUCACCUGCAUGCCGACAGAGGUCACUACUGUGUUUAGUUUGGCCAAUUCCAACAAGAAAACUUAAGACAAAAUAAGUGUAGGGAGUAACACUUGGUAGAAGGAAUUUAAUGUGAAUAAAUGCCACUUUAUGGAAUAGGAGAUAAUAAGCCACACACAACUCACAAAUUAUUUAAAAAUACUUUAAAAGAAUUAUGAUAAAAGAUCUAGGAGUGGUUCUGGAUUGAAAAUUCACAUUAAGCCCACAUAAAGAACAUUAUACAAGGAGCGUAUGCUAUACAAUCCAACUCAUAGGUUCAAACUAAGGAGACAAAGCUGCCAAAAAAAAAAAAAAAACAUUAGUUCACUUUCGGAAGCAGUGGUAGAUGGUUGGAAGAAGUUAAGUGAGGUGGUGGUGGAUGCCAAAACUGUCAGUAGUUUCAAAGCGUUAUACGACAGAGUGCUGGGUAGAUGGGGGACACCACGAGCAUAGUUUUCAUCCUGUAAUUACACUUAAGUAAUUACAGUAUUUACACAAUUACCUGUACAGUAUCACUAAUUGGAAAUACAGUAAUAAAAUACAAAUACCGUACUGUACUUUGUUUAUUUCUUUAAUACAGUAUUGAAUUUGCAGUAAAGUUACAUAACUUACAUGAGGUACAUAAAAAUAUCUACACAUUUAAAACAGGUUAUGGUGUAGUACAAUACCUAUAUACAAUAAAUUACUUAAUGAAUACGUUACUAUCAUGGCUACCGAUAUAAAUAUUUAUUUGAAUAUCAGCAUAUUGAGAACAAAAAUAUACAUUUUUCUCUCUAAUAUAGGAAAUGGCUUAUUAUACAAAAUAUAAAUUAUCUUUCUAAUCACUAUAUAAGACAGUCACCACAACUGCACUGAAGCCUAUAGGAGCCAGUGAGUGAUGGUGUGCCAUGCACGUCACUUGCUUGUACUUGCUGCAGUCACAAUGAAAAGUAAAGGUAACAUACAGGCCAAUUGCUUAACUGGUGGGUAUGUUACCCAUGAAACAUUAUAGGAAGGAAUAAGGGGGAAGGGGAUACCCACUUCAAAUGGGUACCAAUACCUGCUAGAGUACAACUUGAUGCUCUUGGGAUUUGUAUGGCUCUAUGCUGCUUGUCACUUAUUUUCUUAUGUUGUUGUUUCCACUGGUCUUGCCCUUUUUAUUUUUGUAUCCACCUUUUGAAUUUUGCAGCUGAGUAUGCUCUCUGCAGCAGUCUUGAUGCUUUAUGGAAGGUUAAAUUCAGUGCAAUAGAGUACCAAUCACUUUAUUAUGUAAAUACUAAACCAACUCCUAGACUUCAGCAUACUGUAUUUAACAUAAUUUUCCUUAUAUACAUGUAUACACAAUAUAUAUACCUAUUUGUACAUGUGAAGGAUCAUACGCUGAGGAUGACAUAACAAUUAGUGAAAUCCUUAAAAGAAAGCAGUAUGAAGACAUGUUUAGCACUCCAAUACACAGCAUGAAAGUGGAAGAUCUGGACAACUGUAAGAUAAUAUAGUUCAAGUAAACUAAAACCAUAGUAGUGUGUCCCCAGCACAUUAGUAAUCACUAUGAUAUUUCUAAAUAUUAUAUUAAUUAGAUUAACAUAACUUGUUCUUGUUGGAGGGUUCAUUAUGAUAAUUGGUAAUUGGGGGGUAGAAAUAGCCUAAGCUACUCUAUCCCUUUGAGAUGUAUAUUUUUUUUCUUGUCUCAAUAAAUUUACUUGAACUUGAACUUGAA